UCCCCGCCCCACGGCCGCCGCCAUCUUGUGCCCCCUCCCCCUCCCGCGGGCAGCGCUAAGGGGGAUUUUGGCAUCUCCUCAGACACAGCUCCCUCUCUCGGUCUCCGCAGCUGAGGAGCGAGAGGAGCGCGGCCACCGCCGCCCGCCUGCCCGCGCCGGUGAAGCCGCCUCUCCCACACCCUCCGUCUCCUCCCUCCGCCCCUCCUUUGUCUGCACCGCUCGACGACGCUGCCGCCGCCGCCCGCGCGGGGACUGGAGGGAGCUGCUCGCGCCGCCGCCGCCGCCCGCCGCUCUGCUGCGCCCGCCGCGCCCCCCGGCAGCAGCCGCGGCCGCGGCGCGAGCCGGAGCCCGCCGAGCCAGACCGCGACGAGGCCCCGGGCGCGCCCUCGCUGCCGCCACCGCCGUGCCGCCGCCAUCCGCCCGCCGCCGCCGCCGUCGCCGCCGCCCGGCCCCCGCGCACGCCAACCCCGUGUGCGCCUCGAGGCCGACUCAAGAAACUAUGUUCCAACUUCCUGUCAACAAUCUUGGCAGUUUAAGAAAAGCCCGGAAAACUGUGAAAAAAAUACUUAGUGACAUUGGGUUGGAAUACUGUAAAGAACACAUAGAAGACUUUAAACAGUUUGAACCUAAUGACUUUUAUUUGAAAAACACUACAUGGGAGGAUGUAGGACUAUGGGACCCUUCGCUUACAAAAAACCAGGACUAUCGGACAAAACCUUUUUGCUGCAGCGCUUGUCCAUUUUCUUCAAAAUUCUUUUCUGCCUACAAAAGUCAUUUCCGGAAUGUCCAUAGUGAAGACUUUGAAAAUAGGAUUCUCCUUAAUUGCCCCUACUGUACUUUCAAUGCAGACAAAAAGACUUUGGAAACACACAUUAAAAUAUUUCAUGCUCCAAACGCCAGCGCACCAAGUAGCAGCCUCAGCACUUUCAAAGAUAAAAGCAAAAAUGAUGGCCUUAAACCUAAGCAGGCUGACAGUGUAGAGCAAGCUGUUUAUUACUGUAAGAAGUGCACUUACCGAGAUCCUCUUUAUGAAAUAGUUAGGAAGCACAUUUACAGGGAACAUUUUCAGCAUGUGGCAGCACCUUACAUAGCAAAGGCAGGUGAGAAAUCACUCAAUGGUGCAGUCCCUUUAGGCUCAAACACCCGAGAGGAGAGUAGUAUUCACUGCAAGCGAUGCCUUUUCAUGCCAAAGUCCUACGAAGCUUUGGUACAACAUGUCAUCGAAGACCAUGAACGCAUAGGCUAUCAGGUCACUGCCAUGAUUGGGCACACAAAUGUGGUGGUUCCCCGAUCCAAACCCUUGAUGCUAAUUGCUCCCAAACCUCAAGAGAAGAAGGGCAUGGGACUCCAGUCAAGAAUUGGUUCCCUUGCUUCUGGAAACGUCCGGUCUUUGCCAUCACAGCAGAUGGUGAAUCGACUCUCAAUACCAAAGCCUAACUUAAAUUCUACAGGAGUCAACAUGAUGUCCAGUGUUCACCUACAGCAGAAUAACUAUGGAGUCAAAUCUGUAGGCCAGGGCUACGGCGUCGGUCAGUCAGUGAGACUGGGUCUGGGAGGCAAUGCACCGGUCUCCAUCCCUCAGCAGUCUCAGUCUGUGAAGCAGUUACUUCCAAGUGGAAAUGGGAGAUCUUACGGGCUUGGCUCAGAGCAGAGGUCCCAGGCACCGGCGAGAUACUCCCUGCAGUCUGCUAAUGCCGCUUCUCUCUCAUCAAGCCAGUUAAAGUCUCCUUCCCUCUCCCAAACACAGGCAUCCAGAGUAUUAGGCCAGUCAAGUUCCAAACCUACUGCAGCUGCCAUAGGCCCUCUCUCAGCCAAUACUUCCUCAACCCAAAAGUGGAAAAUAUGUACAAUCUGUAAUGAGCUUUUUCCUGAAAAUGUUUAUAGUGUGCACUUCGAAAAAGAACAUAAAGCUGAGAAAGUCCCAGCAGUAGCUAACUACAUUAUGAAAAUACAUAAUUUUACUAGCAAAUGCCUCUACUGUAAUCGCUAUUUGCCCACAGAUACCCUGCUCAACCAUAUGUUAAUUCACGGUCUCUCUUGUCCUUAUUGCCGUUCAACUUUCAAUGAUGUGGAAAAAAUGGCAGCACACAUGAGGAUGGUUCACAUUGAUGAAGAGAUGGGACCUAAAACAGAUUCUACUUUGAGUUUUGAUUUGACAUUGCAGCAGGGUAGUCACACUAACAUCCAUCUUCUUGUAACCACGUACAACCUGCGGGAUGCCCCAGCUGAAUCUGUUGCUUACCAUGCCCAAAAUAACCCUCCAGUCCCUCCAAAGCCACAGCCAAAAGUUCAGGAAAAGGCAGAUAUCCCUGUUAAAAGUUCACCUCAGGCUGCAGUGCCCUAUAAAAAAGAUGUUGGGAAAACUCUUUGCCCUCUUUGUUUUUCAAUCCUAAAGGGACCCAUAUCUGAUGCACUUGCACAUCACUUACGAGAGAGACACCAAGUUAUUCAGACGGUUCACCCAGUGGAAAAAAAGCUCACCUACAAAUGUAUCCAUUGCCUUGGUGUGUAUACCAGCAAUAUGACUGCCUCGACUAUCACUCUGCAUCUGGUUCACUGCAGGGGUGUUGGGAAGACCCAGAAUGGCCAGGAUAAGACAAAUGCACCCUCUCGGCUUAAUCAGUCACCAGGUCUGGCACCUGUGAAGCGCACUUAUGAGCAAAUGGAAUUUCCCUUGCUGAAAAAGCGGAAGUUAGAUGAUGAAAACGAUUCACCCAGCUUCUUUGAAGAAAAGCCUGAGGAGCCUGUUGUGUUAGCUUUAGAUCCCAAGGGUCAUGAAGAUGAUUCCUAUGAAGCCAGGAAAAGCUUCCUAACAAAGUAUUUCAACAAACAGCCCUAUCCCACCAGGAGAGAAAUUGAGAAGCUGGCAGCCAGUUUAUGGUUGUGGAAGAGUGACAUUGCUUCCCAUUUUAGUAACAAGAGGAAGAAAUGUGUCCGAGACUGUGAAAAAUAUAAGCCUGGUGUGUUACUGGGCUUCAACAUGAAAGAAUUAAAUAAAGUUAAGCAUGAGAUGGAUUUUGAUGCUGAGUGGCUAUUUGAGAAUCAUGAUGAGAAGGAUUCUAGAGUCAAUGCUAGUAAGACUGCUGACAAAAAGCUCAACCUUGGGAAGGAAGAUGACAGUUCCUCAGACAGUUUUGAAAAUUUGGAAGAAGAAUCCAAUGGAAGUGGCAGCCCUUUUGAUCCUGUUUUUGAAGUUGAGCCUAAAAUCCCUAAUGAUAACCCAGAGGAACACAUACCGAAGGUGAUUUCUGAGGAUGCGUUAGAAUCUGAGGAGAAGCUAGACCAAAAAGAGGAGGAUGGCUCAAAAUACGAAACUAUUCAUUUGACUGAGGAACCAAGAAAACUAAUGCACGAUGCUUCCGAUAGUGAGGCCGACCAAGAUGAUGUGGUGGAGUGGAAAGAUGGUGCUUCUCCAUCUGAGAGUGGCCCUGGUUCCCAACAAGUGUCGGACUUUGAGGACAACACAUGUGAAAUGAAACCAGGCACCUGGUCUGAUGAGUCUUCCCAGAGUGAAGAUGCAAGGAGCAGUAAGCCAGCUGCCAAAAAAAAGGCUCCCGUGCAAGGUGACAGAGAGCAGUUGAAAUGGAAAAAUAGUUCCUAUGGAAAAGUUGAAGGGUUUUGGUCCAAGGACCAGUCACAGUGGAAGAAUGCAUCUGAAAAUGAUGAGCGCUUAUCCAACCCACAGAUUGAGUGGCAGAAUAGCACAAUGGACAGUGAGGAUGGGGAGCAAUUUGACAACAUGACUGAUGGAGUAGCUGAGCCGAUGCAUGGCAGCUUAACUGGAGUUAAGCUGAGCAGUCAGCAGGCAUAAGCACCAGGUUCUCUGUGGCAACAGUGACAUGCUGCAGCCUGAAACUCUGUUCUCCUUUCAGUAUGACUGCCAAGCUGUAUUCUAACUGGUACUGCCUUUUGAGUGCUGGGUCUUCAGGCUGUGGGGAUAUGUGGCCACUGUACCCCCAGUGGUUACAUAAGUCUGCACCACAUGAUUGGCUGAUCUCUCUUCAGAACUUGAUGUGACAGACACAGUAACUAAAUGUGAAAAAUCAGUAAGCUGGUGGCUCAUGAACGCACACAAGGAAAAGCAGAGGUUUAUUUUAUCUGCCUUCUCAACAUUUCUUUCCCUCUGUAAAAUGUUUGGUUGGACGUCCCUGAGAAACAUUAUCCUGAUUCAGUUGGUAAUGUAGGGCCAACAUACAAGCUACCACCAGUCCAAUGUGUAUAGUAGACUUUGGGAAAAAACCAAUUUUUUUUCAUGUAUUCAUUCUGAAUAGUUGAAAUGUAUAUUUGUACAGUCUUUUAGACCUAUUCAAGUGAUGCUUACGAUAUUGUCAUUGUGUACCCAUCAUAGAUUUUUUUUUUUUAGUGUUGCCCUUGCUGUGUAAUAAACGCUAUAUCUAGUUUACCUAGCAAAAGCUUGAAACUGCGCUAGUAUGGACUUUUGGACAGACUUAGUUUUUGCACAUAACCUUGUACAAUCUUGCAACAGAGGCCAGCCACAUAAGAUAUAUAUCUGGACUCUCUUGUAUUAUAGAAUUUUUCUUGUUCUGAAUAUCCUUGACAUUACAGCUGACAAAAACAAAAACUGGUAUUUCAGAUCUGUUUCUGAAAUCUUUUAAGCUAAAAUCACAUGCAAGAAUUGACUUUGCAGCUAAUUUUGACACCUUUUAGAUCUGUAUGAAAGUGUUGUGUUGAAGCAGCAAACCAAUGAGUGCUGCAUUUUCAAUAUUUAGUUUUAUCUUUAGUUAAACACCACCUUGGUGUAUUCAUUUAUACCAUCUAAUAUAUGACACACUGUUGUAGUAUGUAUAAUUUGUGAUCUUUAUUUCCCUUUGUAUUCAUUUUAAGCAUCUAAAUAAAUUGCUGUAUUGUGCUUAAUGUAAAUAUUUGCUUUAUUACACAUUUUAGUCCUGUGUGUCCAUUAUGUCUUGUGCCAGUUGACAACAUGGCUCUUUCAUCAGAGAUGGAAGAAACCACAGCCACUGAGGACACUUGUCGAAGACCAAGAUCUGCCAUUGGCAUAGAGAAUACUUCCUUUCAAGGCACCUGUUAAAAUUUCUUUUGGCUUUGUCUUGUCUUUUUCUUUUUUAACUGCUAAAAUAAACAUCCUUGAGUUUUCAGUUCCCCUCUGUUAAGGAGUGAAGCCUGCUUACAUAUGUAAAUGUCUCUGAUAAAAGGAUGUAAACAUAAAUUGGCAUUCAUUUGCCAGCAGAAUCUUAA